GCCUACUGCUCUUCCAUGCAAUUUCCUCGAAAUUUGUACUCCAACCGAUUCCGAAUCAAAUCUCACGCCUCAGUUUCUCCACACGAAAUUUCGUCCAUACUAACUCUCUACCUUCCAUAUACUACUAUAUAUUUAUAUCACUACACCAUCUCCCUCUCAUUAUUUUCAUUCAAUCAUUGCCAAAAUGGGUAAGAGAGAAAGCAAUAAUGGAGUGGUGUUUGAGGAUCAUUUUCCGGGGAUGGUUGAGAAGCUGGGAGCGGAGGGGUUUAUGAAGGAGCUGUUCAAAGGGUUUGAGCUUCUCAUGGAUCCUCAGAAACAACUCAUCACAUUUCACAGCUUGAAGAAGAAUGCUAUGGUGUUGGGUUUGAAGGUCGAUGAUGAUGAUGAUGAGCUGAUCCACUCUAUGUUGAAGGAAGGAGAUUUGGACGGCGAUGGCUGUCUCGAUCACAUGGAAUUUUGUGUUUUGAUGUUUAGACUGAGUCCAAAUCUCAUGAAGCAGGCCACCAAUAUCUUGUUUCAUGACUUUCAAUAGGCCUCAUUUUUCGUUUGUUUGGCUUUUCUCUUUUUACUUUUUCAAUGUGUUUGGCUUCUUGCAUUAUGUAAAUUCAUUAAUAUAUUAACUGGUCGCGUAAUACUUUUGCUAAUUCCACAA